CGUCUCAAAAUAACAAUAUGGCGACAGGUAUAAACAGUACCGGUCUAAAAAAAACACUUCUCUCGUCAACGAGUCGCGCUUACUGCUACUACUGCUACUGCUCUGGAGGACGUCCACGUCGUUCGAGAAAGGGGGAAAACCAUGAUUGCACUGUACAUCUAUAGUGCUGCAAAAUAAGAACUGCCACUCCACGCACGGUGCAGUAUCUCGUUAACUUCCAUCGAAGACUAACCCACUCACUCUAUUCGCCGCUUUGUUUUCCCUAUUUUUUCCAAUUUUUCUCGCAUUUUACUCGUCAUUCCGUUGCAGUGAACGAAUGUGUGAAUAAGAAAAUCGCGUGAGACACAAACAGGCUUCGAUAAUAAAAAAUCUAGUCAUAACAACUAUUUUGCAGAGCUUAUUGACGAGAACAGAUUACAUUGAAAUUACUCAAACUGAUCAGUGACCAAGAAUUCAGAAUUGCGAGGUUGUGAUCGAACAUAUCACCGUUGAUUAUUCAUCAAUCAGUGAUUUACGAAGUCAGACAACGAUAUGUCAUACAUCGUGGAGUGGUACAGAGAUUUAAUUGACAACAAACAUGAUCCGAGAACACAAGAAUGGUUGUUGGUACCUAGUCCUGGUCCAGUUCUGACAAUCAUAGCAACAUAUAUAUAUUUCUGCGUUUCUGCCGGGCCGAGAUACAUGAAAGACAAGAAGCCGUACGAUUUGAGAAACACUCUAAUAAUUUAUAACUUUAUUCAGGUUCUAUUAAGUCUUUAUCUGGUUUAUGAAGGCUUGAUGGCUGGUUGGUUGUACGAAUACAGUUUUAUUUGUCAACCAGUCGAUUAUUCAUAUAAACCGAGUUCAAUGAGGAUGGCCCAUGGUGUUUACACGUACUUCAUAUGCAAACUGAUCGAGCUGCUGGACACGGUGUUCUUUGUUUUGCGCAAGAAAGAUCGACAAAUCACGUUCCUGCAUCUCUACCAUCAUUCGCUAAUGCCGAUCUGCGCCUGGAUCGGGGUGAAAUUCGUUGCCGGCGGACAUCCGACUCUCCUUGGUGUCAUCAAUGCCUUCGUCCACGUCAUUAUGUACACCUACUACAUGUUGUCUGCGUUCGGACCUCAAAUGCAAAAGUACCUAUGGUGGAAAAAGCAUCUGACCACCAUACAGAUCGUGCAAUUUAUUAUAGUAUUUUGUCACAAUUUCCAAAUGCUGUUUACUAGCUGUAACUUCCCAAAACAGUUGUCGUUCCUGCUCGCACUCAACGCCGGUUUGUUUAUUUAUAUGUUUGGAUCGUUCUAUGUGAAUAAUUAUUUAAAAUCAAAUAUGCGACGGAAAUCGGAGAUUAAUAGUACUACCAAAGGCACUGUUAAUAUUAACGCAAUAGACUAUUUCUCGAAUGAAAUAGAUCACAGUAAAUUAGAUUAAUGAAUCUAUCGCAAAGCCUUUUUGGUCGUAGGAUUGGAACUGUGAGAGCAGAAGAAUGAUUUUUUCAAAUUCAAAAAUAGUUUAUUAAAAACAGAUUAGAUUUCUGUAAUGUAGAUGUAAUUUACGUAACAUAACGUAACGUUCUCCUAAUUUUGUUAUUAUUUUGCCAAUAUUUCAGCAAGUUACGAAAGUGCCUGGUAAAAAAAUUUUUGUAUAAAAAUAUAUAUAAAGACAAAUCCUAUUUAAAAGGAUAAUUUUUACACUGUUUCUUUUACAAAAAAUUAAGUAUAAGGAAUGAAAAAAUUUUCCUAUGUAUAACCAUAUAUUUUUAUGAUUCAAAGAAUACAAGUAUAUAUUAUACACGAAACAGAAAUUUUUAAAAAGUAAGAAAUUAAUAUAAAUAUACAUGGACAUUUUAUAUAUAAUUAUAUAUAUUUAUGUAUGUUUUUAUAUGAAAAAUUUUUUACCAGAUAUUGAAGCGAUGCAAAAGUAAUGGGACCUUAUGCUAUUUUUAAAUGUAAAGAUAUGUUUAAUACCCAUUAAAUUACAACAAAUGUAUAUUGUAGGGAUAAUUGAAAUUAUUUUUACAUUUUUAUAGUAUAUUUCAAAUAGUAUGUUUUUCGCAAACACAGUGUUUUAUUAACAAAACUUUAAUAUUCCCAUUAUUUUUGGCAACAACUUAAUAGAUUAAUGAGUAGAAAAGAUUAGUAAUAGUAACUAGUAUUUAAAGUAAGAAAAAUUUGACUUACUUGAUGUACGAAAACAAAAACUAUCCGCUUACUAAUGAUCCUUGCAUGGAUGCGUGAUUUAUUGAUCAGAAGAUUUGAUGUCACUCUUACAUAAAAUUGUUAAACAGAUGAAAUAAUAUUAAUAUAAUGUAUAGUAUGAUUUGACAUAAAACACACAGCUAAGAUAAUCUUUCAUUAAACGAUGGAUAAAAUGAACCGAUUUUAAUUCUCGGGUUAUAAAAAUGAUCUUUUUUAUAAUUUUUAAGCUACUAAAUCUGACAAUCAAAUUUUAAUUUGUCGAGAAAAAUAUACACAUAUUAAAAUUAACAUAUGUAAAUUAACUAAGUCAAUAACAUAAGAUCGACUUUUUGACAAAUCCGUUUAUUAAAUAUAUUUCAACGUUUCGACCAUUUAUUUUGAUCUUCUUCAGGUAAAAGUACACUACUUGGUUACGACAUAACAACUUUAUAAAUUCGGAAAUUUAUACGAAAUAUGAAGCACGUUAUGUCCCAAGUCCAUAAAUCAUGUAUAGAUAUAAAUUAAAAAUGAAUAAUACUCAAAUAAUAAAACAUAAAAUAAAGGAACAAUUGUAAACUUUUGUAACAAUUGUAUAGCAUGUAGCAAAUUUGCAAAGCGACUAAAAAAACAUAUGUAAAGCUACUAAACGUGUAUCAUUUUUUAUUAAAUAAAACAUGAAUUAUUAGAGAUAACUUAGAUAGUACAUAGAUGAAUAGAAAAUCGUAAAGAUAUCAUUAUAGAGAAUUUCUGCAGAACUAGGAAAAUGAUUUUCUGAAGAAUUUCUUAUGAAUUACCAACAAUCCAAUGAAUAUCGGAAUAUUUUUCAGGAAUCAAUUAAAGAAUUUUUUGUAAUUCAGAUAUUUAAAUAUUUUAAAAAUUUCAAAAAUAUUCUCCUAGUAUUUUACUAUAUACAAUUACAGUAACAAUUACAUUGUCAACAUUUAGUGCAUAUCUUUAGUGUGAAUGUAAUCGCAGUAUGAUAUAUGUAUAAUGCCAGGAAAUAAAAAAGAAACAAAAAC